CGACGACAUGAUCAUUUUCAUGAAUUAUAGUUCUUGUUCUCAUUCACACUCUCAGUCGUCUCGUAGAAUGGUUAGCUCUUAGGUGGCAAGAAUAAUGAAAUCCAGAACUUAGACCAGCGAGUCUAUGUCACCGGUACAGCGAUAUUGUCAGUCGAAAACAUUUAGAGAAUAUGGAGAAGAUCUAGUUGCGUGGUUUGGUCAUGUUUAUAUAUUUCGAUGAAAGCUACCUCUGCCAGCUUUGUCGUGAUACUACUCCCAUGCUGUGUGAAGAUACCCGCUCUCGAGAAGUAAGGACAAUAGAUUAGAGUUAGACAUCAUGUUGAAGCGGAUUCUGUCUUCUUCGUUAAGCAGGAAAUCGGUGCAUUCGGCAUGUUCAUCUGUCGCUAGUUCGGAGUCAGUCCCUUUGUUUCGGGCUCUUACGUUCGGUGCUCAUCGUUGUUCCAAUAUUGUCUUACAGAUUCGUAUCGAAGAUUUUGUUUCGUCUGUGUUACUACAAAUUCCUCCCUUUGUUCGUCCCUUGAUUUUCACCAGCCAUUUCCCUGAUCAGACUAAAAGAUUAGUUCGAGCUUCUACAAGGACGAAGACGAACAGGAUGCAAGUUCGAAUUCAGAAUCUAGGUUCAUUUUCUUCAAAUCUGAGAGUCAGGUAUGAAGAUAAAAAUGACAUGUUGCAACGGCUCAUUAUGGUCAGAUCCUGGUGAUCGACAAAGGUAGGCUUAGAAGAUGUUAUGAUGCAGAUAUAGGAGACUCAGAAAGAUGGACUUUCUUCGCGAGCUCCUUGCUGAAGGCGAGGCCGAGGAAAACUGGGAGGAAACCAAGGCUGUCCAAAAUCAUGUACGAUUUCACAGCUUUUGCGACUCCAUCUCGCAAAUUUUGGCACGGCGUGGCCGAUGUGGGGACGGUCUCGUGGCUCUGGGUCUUGCACGUGACCCGUUUAGCUCAGUGAAGAUCAAGAAAACUGCUUGUGGAAUUAACAACGAGGAUGAAACUGACGUGAAUGUUGAAGAAGCUGACGCCGGUAAUAAUGCGGAGCGAAGUACUAGUAGAGCGAAAUCGACGGAAGGUGCAAGAGGACGCGGUAAAAAAGUAAAUGCCACGACAAAGAGAAAGCGUGGAGAACCAGUCCGUGUUUGGGCCAGGAUCGGGAAGCGGCCUGUAGAAUGCAAGAUUGACAAGAAAGAGGGACUGCGUGUAGUGCAACUCCAGGGUGCAGUUGAAUAUCGAUUGCGUGAGCUAGUGCCCUAUUUCCGUUGUAUCGACGACCAUCACGAUGAAGAGGAUUUCCCACAUCAUGAUCCUGAUGCGAAGUCGGAGGCGGCGGCAACAAGUGCAGCUAGUACAAAAGCCUCUAUUAGUAGUUGUAGUUCAGCAUCUACUUCUACUGGAUUUUCGAAGGGUGCUAGGAAAGGAGCAGGGAAGAAAGGUAGCAAGAGGCAACGCAAAAAUAGCGGAGUACUAGAUCAUGAAGGUAGUAGUUUUGGAGGGAAGCGUGAAAAGGCGUCGAAUGGGGGAGACCACCUUGGAGAUGAAAUAGAUGAUGACGUGGACGAGCAGAAUGAGAAUUUGCAGCAUUUCGAAGCUGAGGUGCAGGGCGUUGGUGAUAUAGAUAUGCAUCGCAACGUGUAUGCCAACCAGCAUCCCUUUUAUCAAGAAGAUGAUCGUCCAUUUGCGCCGCACGGGCACGAAUUUGACGGGUCUGGGCAUGAUCCGUCACUACCACUUUUCCUUCCUUCUUCGUCCGUCGUCGGACAUCAGUCUAGCCACGGAGAGUUCAUCACCAACCACUUUGGUUCGUAUGGCGGCGACAACAUGCUACCUCCGCAUGAACAGAAUAGUUUUCAUGCCCAAGCUCAACAAGACAGCGGCAUGCCUUCUGGUUUCGCACCUGCAGAGGAUGCAGCUGGUAGUGGGAAUGGCGCUUUCGACGCGCCUGGAAAUCAGGAUGCAGCAGUGUCAGACUUUGAUGUUCGAUCGUUUAUGCCCGUAGGCCUCAAUUUUGCGUACAACUCUGAGGGUAUUCAAGAGAUUGGGGGACCGAGUACAGAGCCUGAAGUUUUCUCCCAGCAGCAACCUUCAUUUUUCGGAAACGGGAUUUUUCAGCCUCCGCCUUUUGUCAAUCUCUAUGAUGUUGGGGGAGGGCUUUUCGACGAGCCGGAGGAGGGCACAGAUGCUGUGCCAGAAGUGGAGAACGACCCUCCCGCCGAAUUUGUUGAUCACGAGUUGCAGGACGAUUUCGCACCGGAGGCGGAAGUACUAGAGCAAGACCCAUUCCCAGACAAUGAGAAUGAUGACGCACAUGACCACCACGACGCCGAAGGUGUUGAGCUCGAAGACAACGUCAAAGCCCAGGAUGUGAAUGAUCAUGAGCUAGGACAGGACGAUGAGGAGCAGAACAUUGAAGGAGUAGAGAGCCUUCGCCUGCCUUUUCCGUCGGAUGAGAUAGUCUCCAGUUUCGUUGUCGAUGACAGUUUUUCGCUGACUCCUGCUUGCAGCUAUGAACCUCCCGAAUACUACCCAUUUCCGGAGCCUCUGCCGGCGAUGAUGUAUCAGCCUCAAUUUCCGAUUCAUGAAGAUGAAUUUGCAUCCGGAGCUGGCCUUCACCAGGAGGAGGCCAACCUCCAUCAGGAAGAAGUCAAUGAGGCUGAGGAUUUCCCUGACCUGGCGGAGGAUGAGUCUAUUUUCAUGGAUCAUGGAGUAGAUCUCAAUGACUAUCGUGAUGCUGGUGCGCUCUCGUCUCAAGACGAGGAAGUGUUACCAGAAGACGAGCAAGUAGGAGAGGCUUUCGAUCACCAGCCACACCAGUAUGAUCCAUUUCUUGAUGAAGGACACCCCCACCAACAGAUCAUCAACAGCGAAAGAGAACCGCACGACUCACAACUAGUGCAAAUGGAGGACAAUGGCCUAUUUGAGGAGUACGUUGAAGCGGGUAGUGCAUUACCAGAAACAUCACAAGAAGAGUACAUCGAUGCGGCAGAUGCUGAAAUGGUGAGUGGCGAAGAGGAUGGAGGAGAAGGAGAAAACAACAGUAGAGAGCUAGCAUGAAUGAGGUCAUGAUCUGCAUGUAAUGGAUUCGAUCCAUUUCAAAACCAUUCCAAAGUUUUUAAGGCCAUCAACAUAAGAAACUAGUUCGUAAAAAGUGAUUGACGUCGUUGGAUGAAAAAAUUUUGCAAAGAUAGUGUACUUAAUUGCUUACGAAGAAGGAUAAGCGACGAUGGAAGUGUAGUAAAGAAAACUAUCCAUGAAUACUUGUUUUUUGAGAAGGAUGGAAGUAGAACUUUAUUUGUUCCCAAGUGCUGCUUCCACGAAGUCGAAGUAAGUUGCACUAAAAGUUUUCUCGUUUUUGACAAAUUUUCCUGCGCGUGCACAGUUUCUUUUAGGAACAGCCCGCUGAUACGAGGACGUGUGAACUAGACCACAAAAUGCCAAGCCUGCGAUAGUCGACACCCCCUGCGAACCGACAAAUGUACCUCCAUGAUUUCUUAAACGAAAAACUUGUCUUCAGUUUUGAAAAAUCCAGCUUGGAAAAGGAAGCGAU